AUGUCUCAAAGUUUUGGUAAAAAGAGUGUUGCAGGUCCCAAACUCGUGAAGAAUGUCCAUGGUGUUAAAUUUCGUGGACUGAAUCCCCAAACUGCAACACCUUCUAGGGUUACUCGCUCAUCUACAACAAUGGCUUCUCAAGAAGCAUCUGGUUCUUCCAAGAGAACAAGAAGCCAUCGAAUCAAGCACGUUGUUCUCAAGAAAGGGGGAACAAAGGUUUCAACUCCUCAGGACAUCUCAGAUGAUUCUCACAAUGAUGUUCCUUUUGAUGACUCCGAGGUUAUGCCCACUACUGAUGUUAAUCAAGAAAGCACUGAAGAUCUUGAGAAUCUUGCAAAGAUUACCACUGAUCCAGAUGUUGAACAGGAUGUUGAACCCCAACAAGCAGACCCCUCUCCUCCUGGUUCUGAAGAAAACUCUCCUACCUCUAGUGAUGAGAACGAGGUUGAGAACUCUAAAUCUGAGAGUAAAGAAACACCCUCAGUGGAGGCCUCUGUCCAAAAGACUUCUACACCCUCCUCCAAGAAAGGCAAGACAAAAGUUGUGAGUGUCUCAGAAGAGGAUGACUCUGAUGAUGAAACCCCAAUUAAGGAAACUCCUGUUUCUACUCGCUCUAUGAAGAAAGCUGAUGUCUCUACAAGCAAGAAGGUUGCAGAUAAGAAGAAGAACAAGAAGGAUAUGGCUUCCUUCAAGACUCCUCUGAAGUCCAAAACUUCUCAGGUGCCUGAGUCUGCUAAGAAGAAGCAGUCAGAAAAUAAGAAGGUGAAGGCUGAAGUCUCUGCAGGAAAGAAAAGGAAGCAUGUGUCAGAAUCUGACUCCGAGUCAGAUGUCAUACCAGAUGUUCCUCACAUCUCAACUACUACAAGAAAGCGGAUGAAAGGUAAAAGAAUUCCUACAAAUGUGCCUGAUGCUCCUGUUGAUAAUGUAUCUUUCCACUUUGCAAGUUCUGCACAAAGUUGGAAGUUUGUUGUUCAGAGAAGGUUGGCUAUAGAGAGGGAACUUCAUGAAGAUGCCUUGCAACUCAAGGAGAUCAUGGAUCUAUUAGUUUAUGCUGGUUUGAUGAGGACUGUCAAGGAUAUUGGCAGGUGCUUUGUUCAAUUGGUUAGGGAGUUCAUUGUGAACAUCCCUACUGACUGUGAUGAUGAGAGCAACACUGAGUAUAGGAAAGUCUAUGUAAGAGGAAAGUGUGUCAAUUUUUCUCCUGAAGUGGUCAAUGAGUUUUUGGGCUGGAGCCCUGCUGCUGUGGCUGAUGAAGAGCUUGAUUUGAAUAGGGUUGCUAAGACUCUAACUGGAAAGCUGGUCAGGAAAUGGCCAAAGAAAGGAUUGCUUCCAUCAGGGAAGUUAACUACCAAGUAUGUUGUGUUAUUCCAGAUUGGCUGUGCAAAUUGGAUGGCGACUAACCACUUGUCUGGUGUAAUUGCUCCUCUUGCCGAGAUGCUCUAUUUGAUUGGAACUGGUGGUGAGUUUGAUUUUGGUAAACUUGUUUUUGAUCGGACUCUGAAGCAUGCAGGUUCUUAUGCAGUAAGGCUGCCUAUUUUGUUUCCCUGCCUCUUGUCUGAGAUAAUUGUACAUCAACAUCCUAAUGUUGUGAGGGAUGAUGAACCUCUAGGUAAGAAGCCUAUGCCUCUCAAGUUUGAUUAUCGCUUGUUUGCUACGACAUAUGUUCCAAACAUUGUGCUGACUGCAGCAAAGGGAACUGCCAGUGCCAGUGGCACUCAGGCAGUUGGUUCAGGUAAAGAAGAUAUCUUGGCUGAGUUGAGGGUUGUCUGCAAUUCCUUGGGUGACACCAUUCAGGCUUGCAAAAUCAGGAAGCUGAAUGUGGACAAACUCAUCAAGGCCAUGACAGGUGUUCCUGCUGCUGCUGAGGAAGAAGAGGCUUAUCAGGGUACUGAGGAUGUUGCUGAUAGAAAUGAAGAGGAACCUAAGGAAUCUGAUGCUGAAGAAGAAGCAGAGACUGAUGAGGUUGCUGAAGAGGAAAAAGAGGAGGAUGAAAAUGAGAAUGAGAAUGCAGAAGAUGUAACUGGUUCAACCAGUUCUUCCACUCGCAACACAUCUCUUUAA